AUGGAUAAAGAGGAUAAUUACAAGAGGAAGAGGGUUGAUUUCAUGGCAGCAAAGAUGAUUAAAAAGAAAUUCUAUUACUACCCAGAUAAGCCCCUCCUUGGCCCAGUCCCUGGAGUGGAAAUUGGAGAUGAAUUCCACUACAGAAUGGAGCUGCAGAUCAAGAUACGCUUGUAUACUGUGGUCAGGAAGGAAAUAAUGCAUGAAGAUCAGCAGCUGAAAGGUGGAAACUUGGCAUUGCUGAAUAGCAUAAGGGCAAAGAACCCUGUUAGGGUUAUCCGCGGUUGUAAGUUACCAAGGGCCUCCACCACCUACUUCUACGAUGGAUUGUACACAGUGGAGAAGAUGUGGGAAGACAAAGGUCUGCUUGGGAAAAGGGUUUUCAAGUUCAAGCUGGUGAAGAUGACCGGACAGGCCAGCCUUUUUACUUCAAGAAACUAA